CAGCCGGCUUUUAAGGCUAAUAAUCGCUUCGCAGCAGGUCCCGGGCAGCACUCGCGCGAGCUCCGCGGCGGGACCUGCCGUGGGAGACCUGGGCGCAGGACUGGAAGGGCGCUCGCGGCGGUAGCUGGGGACCCCGGGGCACCCGGGGACUCUCCCCGCGCCCUGGCCCGCUGCACCCGGGCUCCCGCUCGCGCGUCUGGGGGCGGGGGGUGGAACCCGGACGCGCACGGCAGGGGCUUUGCUAAUUGCCAAGCAGGAAGUGAGCGCCGGGAAGAGCGGCGGAGACAGGGGAGGAGCGGGCGGAGGAGGGGCGCGCGGAGCCGCCGAGGUUCGCUCCCCGCGCGUCCGAAAGGCAGGGCAACCCAGCCCUGCAACCCGGCUCUCCUACCCUGUCCCGCCGGCCGCCCGGCCCGGCUCGGGCGCCCGUCGGCCCCACCCCGUCCCCAUGGCUUCUCCGGAGGACCCUGUGCGCGCGGAUCAUUUGACAAAGGAGCCAGUGGAAGACACAGACCCUAGCACUAUAUCCCUUAAUAUGUCAGACAAAUAUCCCAUUCAAGACACGGGACUCCCUAAAGCAGAGGAGUGUGAUCCAAUUAGUUUGAACUGCCCAACAAAUUCUGAUGUGCAACACCAGGGAGAAGAAAAUGGCUUUCCAGACAGUACUGGAGAUCCCCUUUCAGAUACAAGCAAGGACGCGUCCUGCGCAGAAAACUGUACCUGUUCCUCCUGCUCGCUCCUGGCCCCCACCAUCAGCGACUUGCUCAAUGACCAGGACUUACUAGACGUGAUCAGGAUAAAGCUGGAUCCCUGUCACCCAACAGUCAAAAACUGGAGGAAUUUCGCAAGCAAGUGGGGCAUGCCCUACGAUGAACUGUGUUUCCUGGAGCAGCGGCCCCAGAGCCCCACCCUGGAGUUCUUACUCCGGAACAGUCAGAGGACGGUGGGCCAGCUGAUGGAUCUCUGCCGGCUCUACCACAGGGCCGACGUGGAGAAGGUCCUGCGCAGGUGGGUGGACGAAGAAUGGCCCAGGAGGGGGCGUGGAGAGCACCCCAGGAACUUCUAGACCUCGGCUUCUUCUCAUCGGCCUCUUCGGACAUUGAGACGAGCCCAGGUUAAGUAGCAAUGUGAAUCUGUUCUUUUUUAAGUUUAGGCGAAGGACGUGGGACAGCGGACCUUGGUUUUCCCCAAAGCUGGUGGUUUUGUGGAGGGUAGGGUGUGUUUUUGGUGGCGGAUUUUCCUUUAGUUUUGCACAUCUGUUUUUAUUUAAUAUUUGAAUCUGGAAUUGGGAAAAAUAUGUUGUAGGCUCCUAUAGGGACCAGGGCCAAAGCUACAAUCAGAGUGGAUUCAUGCCAUGAUGAAAAUAAAAGUAUCCUCUCCCUUAAAAACUGAAGAUUGAAGUCAGAACUAAAAGUCCUCAUCCACAAGAUCCUUUAUGAUUAAUGACACUCCCACAGCUUAGAAGAAAACCCCGGAGAGAAGUUUCCCUUUAGUCUGUUACUCUUUUUGUUGUAAAGUACUUAGGUGAAUUCACAGGCUGCUGGCAUUGCGUGGUGAUACUCUUCAGGACACAUGCCAUCUUUCUUAUUCAAAUACUUGUAUAAUCUGUGCACUAUCAAAGAGAACUUUGCUUGAGUAUUUUUGAAAGAAAUGCAAAAACCGAUGGUUAUUGGGAGGACAGAGUCAGGAAUUAGCAGGGUAAUAAGGACCAUGGGAAAGGUGUUGACAAAGAGUAGGCCCUUUUGGUACC